AUGCAGAAGCUUAUGACUUCGUCAGAGAUGGAGCAGCCCGUCCAGCCCGUCCAGCCCGUCAAGCCUUCGACCGAGCACAAGCCCAACGACGCUGAGGCGGAUAAACCACAAGGCUCAAUGGAACCUCAACCUCCCCGAGAGACAGAACUUUGCUGCACAAUGCGGCUCUGCACGAUCGACUAA